AUGGCUGCGAUUACUCUGGCAGAUUUGAUUUGCAUAGUUUUAGUUUUAUGCAUGGGAUUUCUGUGUGAAGGGGACAUGCAGGCGGACAUUUGGGUCUUCCUCUGCACUCUGAAAAAUAAUGAUUUGCCCUACCAAAAGGUUUUUAAGGAGGGCAAUGAAAAGAAACACAGAAAGAGAUCUUCAGAAGUUCAGAGCAGCAAGACAGAGAGAUCUUUAGAAAAUGAAGCUCUAAGGUUGGUCAAGGGAGAGAAGGAAUCUCAGAAAAAGGUAGAUAGGCUGUCGAAUGAAUGGGUCUCUAUGCUGGAGAAAAUUAGGUCCGAGGAGAGGAGGAUGAGAGAGAGGGUCAAAGAUUUGGCAGAGAAAAAUGUAGAAUUGCAAAGAGAAGUUUCAUCUUGGCAAAGGGAAAUUGAUGCAAGAAACCAGGUGAACGAAUCUCAGCAAUGUAUGGAUUUAAAAAUGAAAUCAACAGAUGCCGAGAAUGAGAUUUUGAAGCUAAGGGAAGCCUUCUCAGAAUCCGUCAAGAAUGCAAAACAAGCAGAAGCUGGCCGGGAUUUAAUGCAGUGGAGCUACAGGGAGAAAGAGAGGGAAAAUUCUGAGUUACAGAAAUCAGUUUUCAGAUUGCAGCGACUAUGUAGAGAUCAGGAAAGAACAAUUGGGGGAUUGUGGGGAGAAUUAGACAAUAAGAUAAAUGAUUGUGCACAGGACAGAGACGCUUGUAUAACACAGCUACAAAAGGAACAACUCCGAUUAGUUGGUGUGGAAAAAGCCUUACGCAAGGAUUUGGAGAAUUUCAGGUGGGAAGCUGAUGGUCUGAGGUACGAAAACACCUAUCUUCUGGAUAGGAUGCAAAGCAAUGAGAAAGGUACUAGCACUGGGUUGAUCAAACUUGAUCAAGAACUUUGGAAUCGCCUUGAUCAGCUGCUAGUUCAGGCAUUCCCACUGCUGGAUGAGAAUGUACGCCUUUCUUUCAAGCUGUUGUAUUAUGUUAAAAGGAAAUUCUCUAACUUCAAUGGAUGUGAAAUCAAUGAAGGGGAACAUUCUCUAAUGUCAGAAACUGGACAAGAAUGGAAUCAUGUCCUGGAAUUGGAUGUGAUGGCUCAAAUUUUAAGAAGAAAGCAAGAUGUAGAAAAUCCUCAGGCAUAUCAACAGGAGCAACAGGAUAGUGAGAGUGAGGAGGAGCUCAAACAACUAAAACAAGAACUUAAAACCAAAACUUUACUCGUCAAGAUUCUACGAGAGAAAUUAUGUUCCAAUGCGGCUGAUGUAGAACGACUUGAGGAUGAAGUUGCAACUUUGGUAAGGAGUCGAGAGGUUUUGAAAAGUAACAUUGAAAGACUACAUGGUAGGCUCAAAGAACUGACAUUUUUAAGACGAGAGAUACCCAAAGUUUCAGAAGAAAGGGAUGGAUUUGACCAAGAUGCAGAACAACUUACCAUGCUAAACAUUAAAUUCAUUGCCGAAGUGGGACUGCUUAAAAUGAGAGUAAAGGAACUAGAUGAAGAUGUUCUAGUUAAGGAAGGACAGUUAUCGGUUUUACAGGAAAGCCUAAAUGCAAAGAUUUGUAGAAAACAGUAG